ACAGAUCAGUAAUUGCUGCAAUCAGGGCCUAUCUGCGUCUCGACCAGAAGGACUGGGACGAGUUUCUCAGCCGAAUAUGUUGUGCGUUGAGGUCGGCUGUGCAUUCUAGCAUUGGUACCAGUCCCUAUUAUAUGGUAUUUGGGCAGCACAUGAUCACCUCAGGGUCGACGUAUUCGUUGAUCAGACGCCUAAAUCUUCUGGACGAUCGUUCUCUAAAGUUCGACCGGCACGAAUCUUUCGAGAUAAUGCGGAAGCAAGCUGUUGAUCAGAUGAGAAAUAAGCACAACGAGAACGAGAAGCGGUAUAAUAUCCGUUCUCGUGUGGUAUCGUUUGUCGAAGGGCAAGAAGUUUAUAGGCGGAAUUUCAAGCCAAGCUGUUUCCAAGCCGGUUACAACGCCAAGUUUGGACCGACGUUCGUAAAGUCUCGAGUUCGGAAGAAGAUCGGCAAUGCGUAUUACGAGUUGGAGGAUCUCCAAGGUCGAGUCGUGGGUACCUAUCAUGCCAAGGACAUUCGGCAGUAA